ACCUGUAUUGGAAAAAGGAGGCAGCGCGCAUUAUGCAAAUGGACCUUGUGGAUUUUACCUGAUGAGGGCAGAGACAUGGCAAUUUAAACAAUAAGCAAUGUCUAUCUAUUGCAUUGCAUGGAUUUGCUGUUUGUUACAUUCCCGGUUUUUGAAAAGGUAACAGUAAAGGUGCAUGCAUGGAUUGCCUUUUCCUAUUGCUUUGGACUUUGCAAGUCCCCCUUGUGAACAGCACAUCAAUGAGAUUGCUGGCGAGUGUGUCGUUUGGAAACUUUAUAAAGGCUCUGCAGUUCUGUUGCUUCCACUCUGUGACAUCAGUGUCUGUCUCAUUUACCGGUGACACCGGCGGCCUCUAUCACGAUUACGAUUUUGUUACGCCAGUGGAAGUGGACUCACUUGGAGGCUAUAUUUCCCAUGACGUGUCAAGGCAUAGACGGAGAAGGAGGUCUCUGUCACAAGCUGGUGGUCUUGUGCACUAUCAUGUCUCUGCAUUUGGCAAGGAAUUACACCUCGACCUACAGCCGUCCCAUGUGCUGGCAGAGGGGUUUACCAUACAAACACUGGGUGCAAAGGGCAUCAGCACAGCAACCCUUAACCCUGCCAUUCAUAACUGUCUCUACCAGGGUUCCAUACGCAACCAUUCUGAAUCCACUGUGGCUAUAUCCACCUGCAAAGGUCUGUCAGGUCUGAUCCGCUUCUCAGACAAGGAGCUUUUCAUCACUCCACUACCACAGCAUUUAGCUUUAAGACACAACUACAGUGCCCCCUCUGGACAUCACCCACAUAUCAUCUACAAGCGAUCAGCUGAACGCAGAGUCCAUGCUGAAAAGUGUGACUGGACCAGCAGCUUUCAAUCAAACAACCCCUAUGAGGACCAUCUUCAUCACCGUCACCAUCACCAUGACUACCAGCAUGGAAAACUUCAGAGACAACAUUUCUGCGGAUGCCGCAAGCAAUAUACACCCAAGCCUCCUACAGAGGAUCACUUUGUCAUGCCUGAUGAGUUUGAGCAGCAAAGACGGGCAAAACGCUCACAGUUUACAUCUAACAAAGAGGGGGGCCUGAACGUGGAAACUCUGGUGGUGGCAGACAGGAAGAUGCUGGAGAAACACGGCAGAGAGAAUGUCACUACCUAUGUCCUCACUGUCAUGAACAUGGUUUCCAGUCUUUUCAAAGAUGGAACUAUUGGAACCGAUAUCAACAUUGUUGUGGUCAGCCUCCUUCUACUUGAAAAAGAUCCGCUGGGCCUGUCUAUCAACCACCAUGCAGACCAAUCGCUCAACAGCUUCUGCCAGUGGCAAUCAGGCCUGAUAGGAAAAAAUGGCAAGCGUCACGAUCAUGCAAUACUUUUGACGGGGCUGGACAUCUGCUCCUGGAAGAAUGAACCAUGUGAUACUUUGGGUUUUGCUCCGAUUAGUGGGAUGUGUAGCAAAUACCGUAGCUGCACAAUAAAUGAAGACACAGGGCUGGGCCUCGCUUUCACCAUCGCCCACGAGUCAGGACACAAUUUUGGAAUGAUCCAUGACGGAGAGGGGAAUCCCUGUCGGAAGACUGAAGGGAACAUAAUGUCUCCUACACUGGCUGGCAAUAAUGGUGUUUUCUCCUGGUCUGCCUGUAGUCGACAAUACCUCAACCGAUUUUUGGGUACAGCUCAGGCUUCAUGUCUAGUGGAUGAGCCCAAUCAAAUAGGUCAGUACAAGUACCCUGAGCAGCUUCCAGGUCAGCUGUAUGAUGCGGACAUACAGUGCAAAUGGCAGUUCGGCUCCAAUGCCAAACUCUGCAGCCUGGACUUUGUAAAGGACAUCUGUAAAUCAUUGUGGUGCCACAGGACAGGGCACCGGUGUGAGACCAAGUUCAUGCCUGCUGCCGAGGGCACCAUCUGCGGACCAGACAUGUGGUGCCGGAGAGGACAGUGUGUUAAGUAUGGUGACAAUGGUCCUAGAGCUGUGCAUGGCCAGUGGUCUGGCUGGUCAGAGUGGUCUGACUGUUCACGUACCUGUGGUGGAGGGGUCAUGCAUCAAGAGCGAUCCUGCAACAGCCCCAGCCCACAGCACAAUGGCAAAUUCUGCCAAGGCCCCAGUCGACUACACCAGCUGUGUAACACCAAGCCGUGCCAACCCAAUGGAUUGGACUUCCGAACUCAGCAGUGUGCCGAGUACAACAGCAAACCCUUCAGGGGAUGGUACUACAAAUGGAAGCCAUACACCAAAGUGGAAGAAGAGGACAUCUGCAAGCUGUACUGCAUUGCUGAGGACUUUGAUUUUUUCUUUGCUCUGUCCAGCAAAGUCAAGGAUGGGACGUCUUGCUCUGAUUUCCAAGGAGGCGUGUGCAUCGAUGGAAUAUGUAAGCUGGUGGGCUGUGACCAGGUGUUGGGUUCAAAGGCCACUCUGGAUGCUUGUGGGGUGUGUAAAGGAGACAACACUACCUGCAAAUUCUACACUGGCCAGCACAUCCUCCAGCACAGAGCUAAUGAGUAUUACCCUGUUGUUGUGAUUCCUGCUGGAGCAAGGAGCAUCAGGGUACAGGAAAUGGAGAUCUCUACCAGUUACCUAGCUGUCCGCAACCUGAAACGAGGCACCUACUACCUGACGGGAGAUUGGACGGUGGACUGGCCAGGCAUUUUCCAGUUCGCCGGCACCACCUUUAACUAUCAGCGCUCUUUCAACCAGCCUGAGAGUCUGUAUGCCACCGGCCCCACUAAUGAGACCCUGCUCUUUGAAAUUCUUCUUCAGGGCAAAAAUCCCGGUGUAUCAUGGGAAUAUACUUUACCUCAUACAGAGACGAAGCACAACUACACCUGGUCUGUGGUGCGUUCUGAUUGUUCGGCACCUUGUGCUGGGGGUCGGGUCCCGACGAAGACCAUUUGUCUGCAGGAUCAACAAACGCAGGUCAACUCUUCACUCUGUAACCCACAGACCAGACCUGUGGUGGGCUCCCACCUGUGUAACACACAGCCCUGCCCUGCCUACUGGACGACAGGUAAAUGGGGAGUUUGCAGCAGAACAUGUGGGGGCGGGAAGCAGACACGAAACAUCCGCUGCAUGAGAAAGGUGAUGUACCAGCGCGAGGAGGUGGCCGCUCACUCCUUAUGCCCGGUAAUCACUCUGGCCCAGCUUCAGCCCUGCAACACACAGCCAUGUCCUCCAGAGUGGAGCACUGGCUCCUGGUCACAGUGCUCUAAGACCUGUGGGCGUGGGCUGAAGAAGCGCAGUGUUUUCUGCAGGAGCACUGAUCCAGGUGACAGGGCUGUGGUGGUGCCUGACAGCAUGUGUAAAUUACACCUGAAGCCCAAAGCCCAAGAGACCUGUGUGCUCAGCCGCUGCCCCAAGAAUGAGCAUCUUCAGUGGAUAACUACCGCCUGGGGAGAGUGUUCCGCCUCCUGUGGGGCAGGAGUAAGAAGAAGGGAGCUGCACUGUGGGGAGAAAGACUCCCAAGGAGGCUACACAGAAUUCCCCAUGAGGAGGUGCAGGAACCUACACAAACCCCAAACAGACCUUGAGCAAGCUUGUAAUAACAGCCCAUGCCCAGAGCCCAAACCACAGCUCAUCCAGCCCAGCCCAGACAAGAGUGGCUCCUCUGUGACUCUGGGCUGGUACUCAUCUCCUUGGUUGCAGUGCACGGUAUCCUGUGGUGGAGGAGUGCAGACACGUAGUGUUCAGUGUCUGAGACAAGGGCGUCCGUCAGUAGGCUGUUUAAAUAAUCAGAGACCCAUAAGCUCACGAGCCUGCAAUACACACUUCUGUCCUGCUCCAGCCCCAGCCCCAGUACCUCCUCCUUCACCCACACUUAAAGAAGACCAGCCUUGCAUCGACUUCUUCAGCUGGUGUCAUCUGGUGCCUCAGCAUGGUGUUUGCAAUCACAAAUUCUAUGGUCAACAAUGCUGCAAGUCCUGUUACACUAAAAAACAAUAAAGUAGAAGAUUUUCACUUUGCAUGAGCCUCCCCACUGACUCUGAGGUUUGUAAUUAUAAUGAUAAAGAUUACCACUAUGGACAAAAUAGAUUUUUUGCGAGACGUGGCAAAGAAAGAGGCGUUCCACAGGACUGUGUUCCCUGACUGAUGAGAGACUGUAAUUAUGAGAGACUGGAAUCAGAGGAACUUAAGCUUUGUUCAUUGGAAAGCUUCUCCUGAAUCUGGAUUCUUCAGUGGCAUAUCAUAACUGGAACUGCAGAACAUUCAUAUUGUAAAUAUCUUUCUUUUUUUUUUUUUUUUUUGGGAGGUGCAACCAUCAGCCUAAGCCAUUAAGAAAUCCAGGACUUUGUUAUCAGUUCAUUUAUGAAGAGCACCAGAUUAACAUUGGAGUUACUCUGGUUAAUGUUUUGCGUCUGAAAUACUGUAGAAUUAGUGUUUGCUUUUUGAGCUCCAAUAAACCCAUGAAACUGUAUCUUUACCCGCAGAUCUGGACAUUCCUGCAUUAUAAAACUGAAACACCACAUCCUUAACUUGUAAUAAUUUAAAGGGAUAGUUCAUCCCAAAAUUAAAAUUAUUUAUUUAUUUACUCACCGACAUGUUCUUUCAAACUCAUAUGACUUCAUUUCUUCUGUGAAACAAACAUAUAUGUAGAACAUUAAGGCCUCAGCAUACUUCUUACAAAAUCGAAGAACGAACGGGUGUGACGUAAUUAAGAACAAAAUCUGGCCAAAAAGAGGGUGUUUUUGAGUUCGUUUUUGUGGUUUGUAACAGCUUGCAGGGGCACAUUUUUAGGAAAACUUCUUACUGGCUGCUAAACACCUCCUUACUGCCAUUCGUCCACAUCAUCAGUAGGUGUGACCUGAAGCUCCACCUACCUUGAGGCCGACAGCUAAUUUUGUUUACGUUGUUCAGUCAGUCAAGAUCAGUCAACAUGAACACACUGGCGUGCAGAGUUAUUAGCGAGCUUGUGCAAAUUUACCCACAUCUGUACGAUUGUUCGCAUAGAGACAUUUUCAAAGACCAAGUCAUGCAAUUUAUUUAUUUUUUGUUAAAUAAGUCUACAAAAGGAAUCAAAUCUACUGAAAUACUCUCAAGUCUCCAGUCACUUAUGUGACAUCUGCAACAAAAGCCAUUGACACAUCUGCCCAAAGUAAGAUAUGUCUCUCUUAUCAUCAUUCUUUUAUCUGUAUUUUGCCCAUUAACAGUUUUUUAUACACUCAUAUUUGCAGUAGUAUCAGUGUCAUCAUAAAUUACAAUAACAGAGUGUAAUAGGUGCAUAUUAUGACCGUGUAUAAUAUCUCAAUAGCUCCAUGAAUUCAGAAUGUAAAUAAGACCAAUUAAACAUUAUCGACUGAAUAUAUAUUACUUUAAAUCAUCGAGUGGUUAAAACAGCUUUUUUUUUUUACUGAUAUAGUGUGAGUUUUACUCAGAAUGAUGCAUAUAGUCACUGAUAACACAUUUUAAUGUCACAUUAGUUAAGGUUUUACUGAGUGUCUUCAUAUUUAAUUGUACUUCUAAACGCAUCCCACAGUGGUGUGGCAGGUGUCUGAAUGUUUACAAACAGUAUACCGUUUCUCGGCUGUUUCAAACUUCUUUUUACACUUGAACGAAGAACUUCUCUGUAAGUGUGCUGGGGCCUUUAGCCUGUCACUAUUCACUUUCACUGCAUCUUUUUUCCACACAAUGAAAGUGAAUGGUGACUGAGACUAAUAUCCUGCCUACUUUUGUGUUUCAAUGUGAACAACAUGAUGGUGAGUAAAUGAUGACAGAAUUUUAAUUUUUGGGCUAACUAGCACUUUAAUAUAGUACACUUGCUCUACAUGACUUAAUCAGUGAAUCUGUGUUUUUGGUGUAAUAAUAAGUGCAGUGCACAUUUUCUUUCCAAACUGAUCAGUGGUGUGACCUUGUGCUUUUCUCCAGACCACUUAUUAGACCACAGAAUCUUACAUAUUUAGAGCUGUCUUCAGUAUAAAAAAACACAUUUUUUUUUUUUGUGUUUACAAACUAUCCUUGUCUGUUGUCAUUGGUUGAAAAAAAAUCUGCCAGUCAAGCGAGCAUCAUUUCCACAUCUCCACCAGGCUACUGAUUUUAACAGACAUUAACAUGCUCAUUUUAUCUCAGUGAAACUUGUCCAACCUUGUAUACUCUACUGUAAGGAGUCACUACCCCAUCUGAUCAUCACAGAGAACUAAAACAGACAAGAUGGAUUUAUGUUUAAUGAAGAUCAGUAUUUCUGCUGAAAUAUGUAGUGGAGCCAUUGUGUGUGUGAGUGCCUGUAUGCGUUCGCGUAUAUGUGUGUAAUUUGUGUGCAGUUCAUGCAGUGCUAUCUCCCACGUGUAAGGUUGAGGGCUGAGCUUGUCCUAGAUGUGUGUCAGUGUGAGUCGAGUAGGUUGCUCUCAGUCACUUUGGGGGGACCAAUUAGUGUGCAGGAGUGAGUGUCAUGUUCAGGACGAGGAGCGGCUAACAAACCCAAACCUCUUAGGACUUGGGACCCCAUCUCUGUUUACUUUGUUAGUGCUCUGUGUCUUGUUGUUUCACUCUGUCUUUCUCUCCGUCCCUACCUCUGCUGUUUUAUACAUUGCCCAGAGCUUGUGCUUGGCAGAAAAGUAGAUCUACACCUACUCAUGUCUCACCUUUGUUAGCCUUGCACAGGGUUCAGGUAGGCUGGGGCAGAGCCCUUCUCAGGGUAACAGUGCUCUAACAGUAAACAAUGGAGCAGAUGGCACAUGAAGUAAAGCACCAGUUCUAAUACUGUCUUUGUUUCAUUUCACACACUUCAUUACCAAUCCCUUUGAAGGGGUAUUUGCAUGUAAUAAUGAGUUCAAAAGGUCGCUUUUAAAAGUAGAUGUUGCACUGCAGGGUGCUCUAUCCUCCUUUGUUUGCCUGUAACAUUUUAAAGGGUACAUGAAUGUUUAUUUCUAGUCAUAUAAAUUUAUUUUUCAAACCUCUGGAUCUUUGAAAAAUGAACUCUUGGUCCCCUCUGUUACAUUUGUUCCUUUCUCAACUUUGAAAGUGUUCCUAAUCAGAACCAAUGGCAAAAUGCAUUGUUUAGCCUUGACUUUGUGUAUGUUAUUCAAAUAAUGAGUCAUUUUGCAAUGUCUUUUAUCAUUGCCUGAAUUGAAAAGUUGUGUAAUUUAUUACUAUGUCACAAUAGUUCCUGGGCUACAGUCUUGCUUUGGGGGGAGCUACC